GAGCGUCGCCGAGAGCGCCAGGUCUGCGGGCUCCGCGGAGCUGUUGGACGAGCACGCCCGUGGGAUACACGCGGGCGCGCGCCCGCCUACCGCGCUGGAGCCCAUCCUCCACACGGCAGUGGACGCGGCGGCCUGGCGAGACGAGGCCGAGCGGGUGAAGCACCGCCUCAGGCUGAGCCAGGACUGCCGGCCGGAGAUGUCCGGCUCGUGGUUGCGUCUGCCUCGGGAGCCGCGGGCAUUCGUGGAUUUCGGCGCCCUAGAGGAGGGCGACGGCAACGCGGGCAGCUGCGCGACGGCAGAGCCCGGCGGCGCCGCGGCACAGCGGCGGGCAGUCUGGGAGCUCGGCGGAGUCUGA